CGUCGCACUUUCGCCCGCUAUCGACAGCAGGAUACCCUCGCACACGGACUGUACUAGAACCCGCAUAACACAUCUACAGUCCUCUCGAAAGGACCCGUUGUCGCUGACCUUCCUUUGACGUUACAUGAUAGCACCACGAGUUUCGAUCUUGGGGACUCAGGGUUAUGAUACGGGACACGGCACAUGAUUCUGGUGAUUUGGGGGGGCCAAACACCAGAUCGAGGGCGUCGAGCACCCGCAGCGGCUUCUACAAGCGACUCUGCUAUGCAUCAUGACUCGAUUGAGCAGUUGCCAAUGAAUACUUAAGGCAAGGUCUUCCUGAAUCCUCAGUGAGACUUAUCAAAGACAUUCGCAGAGCAUUUCAUAGAAUCAUAGCAGAAAUAUAUAGACCGUCUUUAGCAAUCCAGGCAUGCUUUGUCCCCUCCUCCUUCUCGCGACAGGUCUUGCUGCUGUGUCUGCUGCCGCAAAUGCCCCUAGCGGCUUUGUCGCAACCUCCGGAACGAAAUUCGUGGAUGGAAAGUCGUUCCCAUUCCACGGGACGAAUGGGUAUUACAUUCCGUUCAACGACAGGCGCCUAGCCGAUGACUUCUUCCAAACAGCCAGUACUCUCAAGAUCAAGGUUGUUCGCACGUGGGCCUUCUCCGAUGUCGUCGCCGCCGACGAAGGCAAACGCGUUUGGUUUCAAUCAUUCGACGGUCGCCAAACAAAGUUCAAUGAUGGUUCAACGGGACUCGAAAUGCUGGACUACGUUGUGCAGCAGGCGGGAUUGAAGGGGAUCAAGUUGAUUUUGCCGUUGGUGAAUAACUGGAGCGACUUCGGCGGAAUGGAUUUGUAUGUCAAGUCGUUCGGAGGAUCAAGCCACGGUGAUUUCUACAAGAGAACGGACAUCAAAGAGGCCUACAAAGCGUACGUUUCACAUAUCGUCCAGCGACGUAAUUCGUUGACGGGCACACCAUACAUCCAAGAUCCAACCAUUCUGGCGUGGGAGCUGACAAACGAAGCGCGAUGUAAAGCUGACCAGCUUCCAUCCGGCUCAUGCUCUUCGGCCGACAUCGCCUCCUGGAUGACGGAGAUGUCGACAUUCAUCAAAUCACUCGACCGCAACCAUCUCGUCACAUCCGGUGACGAAGGGUUCUAUGCGAGAAGCGGAGAGUCAUAUCCCGACAACGGUGCUGAUGGCACGGACUUUGAGAAGAUCAUGGCCAUCCAAACGUUGGAUUUUGGGACGUUCCACACCUACCCCGAAAACUUUGGCACGGACUUACAGUCUUACGCGCUAAAGACUAUCCAGGAUCAUUCCCUCACUGCAGAGCGUCUGAACAAGCCGGUGCUGUGGGAAGAAUAUGGAAUCAAAGACAAAGGCUCCCGUCCCCGCAUCAUUUCCGAGUGGCAUGCGGCUCUGGGUCGCAGCGCAAUCGACACAAGCUUAGUGUGGAUGGUGGCAGGUCCCAGUUACGAGGACUUCGACGGGUUUACAGUGCAUCCUGGUGACCCGUACAUGAAGCAAUUGGUCAUUGACCCUAUGGCAGCUAUCGAGGCAGAUGCCGGGUCUCCCACUGCACCGUUGCCUCCACCAAAGCCUUCACCCACCUCGGAACCCGCCCCUUCUCAACCGCCGAUAUGCACCGGCAUAACGAUAACCGCCACGGAUUCUAGAGGAAGAGCAUGGGGAUUUGAGGAAGGCAAAUCCUGUAUGGUCCGCACUUGCGAAAGCACUGCCAUCACGGCGGUUGAUGCGGCAGGAAGGCAAUGGGGUUUCGAAAACCAGCAGUCGUGUUUGAUCAAGACAUGUGCCAACAAGACCGUUACCACUGUUGACUCCGCUGGACGCAAAUGGGGAUUUGAGGACGGGCGGUCUUGUUUGAUUGUGUAGAUCGGUAGCGGGAGCAUCUCCCGAUAUUGACUAGAAAUUAGGUGGGUUGUCAUUAGAACAGGUAUUGCCGAUUCGUAUAUUCAUACAAAUUUACUGUACGUGGGUGGACUAAGUCCGUAUCAAACAUUUACA